AAAGAAAUUAUCAAAGAAGAAACCUAUUUCACGUGUAGUUGUGCACAAACAAGAAAUAUGCUGUGUCAGGUGUUAAAGAUGAAAUGUAUAAUCAUUUGAUUUCUAAAGAUCACAGUAGGAGAUAUCUGGAUGUAAAAUUCGGGUUGAACAACAUCGGCUCUUCUAGUUUUGCUUCAGAAGUUGCAAAGAUUGAGGAGUUGGAAGGGAGGAUUCAUGCUCCAAUUAUGGACUUUACCGCCAGUCUCUUGCCAAAGAAGCCAGACACAAUUCCCAGGAGUCAUGGAGGUCAUCCUAGGGUCACCAAGACAGAUGCAAGUUCUAAUACUGAUCCUUUUGUAUGCAACAUAACAGAUCUAACAGAUGAGAUUCAUAGUCUCUGCAAUGUAAACUGUUUGGAUGAAAUACUGGAAGAUGACGAUUACCUAGGACUGUUUGCUGGAGCCUUUUCUAUCUACAAUGAUAAAUUGUACCAGUUUUUCAGCAAGCAAAGCUGUGUGAAUUCAGGGGCCCUGGCAUCUAUAAACAAAGUUAAGCAGCUUUUCAGUGAAUUGUACAUGGAAGACAAAUUGCGCUCUUCAGGUGAGCAUAAGAGUGAGAUGCCGUGCAGCAGUGAUGAGAUGAGUGAUGGAAAAACAAACAACAGACGAUAAACUUUCAGUUUGAUGGCCUUUUUUUAACUUGGAAUAUUUUUUUAUCAGAAUAUUUUUUUAUCAUAAAAGGAAAGUUUAGGUUUUUAUUUAGUUUUUAUAUUUAAUUACUGAUAUACAUUUAUGUAUUGCAUCUGUGUGUUUGCAUGCAUACUGAAAGGGUUCAAGAGUUCUAUUUUUCCAAAAUGUAAAGAGGCAUGUCUAAACUUGUAUUGUAGUAGCAUGAAUAUUUUUCAAGAGAUCUGAUUGAUGUACUGGAGGUUUCAGUUCAUUUUGGUAUAUAUACAUUUAUUAAGUAAACAGUAACAUUGUUAUUUAUUUACAAAUUAAAUUAUUUCCCUUAA